AAUCUGUUUUUAUCUUUUAUUUCAGUCACAAAGAGGAAAUAUGAUCAGUAUUUUCAGAUCAGCAGCAGAGAAAAGUCUCUCAGUUCAGCAGCUGAUAGACGGACAGGAGAUGUUGGUUCUGGUUCUGGUUCUGGUCGUUGUGCUUCAGUUUGAAGGAACCAGAGGAAAAAUUCAUCUGUAUCACAGAGAAGGAGAAAAUGUUGUUCUACCUUGUAACAGUCCUUCAUCAUAUUAUUUAUGCUCCAUUAUUAACUGGCUUUACAACAGAGAUAUGAGCCCACAUCGCACAGAGGUUAAAAAUGGAAAAGUUGAUCAGAGUUCAUCUCGAGCUUCCAGGUUAAAUUUGGACAAUAGUUGCUCUCUGAUGAUCAACAACAUCACUGCUGAUGAUGCUGGACUCUACGGCUGUAUACCUGGUUCUGGAUUCACAAUAGAUGGUGUCUUUCUGAAUGUUUUAACCAUUUCAGAUGCUGAUCCAACAAAGGAAGAUUUCACAUUACAAUGUUCUCUGUGGAGAUAUGGAGGAUUGACUUCUUGUCCACAGAAAAGUUUCCGCUGGUUUGAUGAGACAGGAAGUGAACUGACCAGUAAAAAUGAUGAUCGCAGCUCAAGACAAAGAUGUUUUUCUUCUCUAACUGUGAAGCAUCAGAGCGACACCAACAGAAGAUUCACCUGCCAGUUUGUUGAAGGAAAUGAAGUGAAGGUUGAAGUUCAAUACACACAUCAUGUGAUCAGACAAGUCCAUCUCUACCACAGAGCAGGAGAUGAAGCUGUUCUGCCCUGUAACAGACCUUCAUCAUCCGACUCAUGUUCCUCUGUUGACUGGAUUUAUCAGAGUAAUAAAAACAUGAACAGGAAACAGGAAGUUCAUAGAGGAAUGGUUCAGAGUUCACCUCGUUCUGCCAGGAUGAGUUUGGACAGAAAAUGUUCUCUGAUCAUCAACAACAUCACAGCUGAAGAUGUUGGACGUUACAGCUGUGGAUAUAAUACAGAUGUGUAUCUAAACAUGAUGAUCAUCUCUCCAUCUCCUACCGAUGCUGAUCCAGCAAAGGAAGAUUUCACUUUACUCUGUUCUUUGGUGAGAGAUGGAGAGUUUGGUUCUUGUCCAGAUAAAAGUUUCCUCUGGUUGGAUGAGACAGGAAGUGAACUGACUGGUGAAGAUGAUGAAUAUAAAUCUGGAGGACAGAUUGGUUGUGUUUCUUAUCUGACUGUGAAUCUUCAGAGCAGCAGAAGAUUCACCUGCCAGUUUGUUGAAGGAAACAAAGUGAAGAUAGAAGCUCACUAUGGAUCUGAAGGCCCCCCCGCCUCGUCUCCUCUGAGCUUCAUCAUGUUGACUCUGAAGAUCACAGGACUGAUCCUGAUGGUUGGAAUCACUGUUGGUAUCAUCAGAACCAGAGGAAGAAAAAAGCCUCAGAAAGACGUUAAUGUUCAUUUUGCUGUUGAUGGCGACUCAGUGAAUUAUGAAAAUGAUGGAGAACGUUCUGCUGCCGCCGCUCUCUACUGAGCUUCAUCACAUCCAUGAUGGUUCAUUAAAAAAGCUUCAUUUUAACUGCAAACCAAUCCAAAAGAAUAUGUUGCAUUGAGUAGUACAUUUUAUUUGCUUCAAAUUUAUUGUGUUUAAUGUAUUAAAAACAUCCUAGAGAAGUAUUAAAGCUGAUCAUUUAAAUUAAACAGUUUGAGAUUAGAAGCAUAAAAUGUGCAAAUGUGUUGUUUGUUUGCAUAUGUUGUGUUAUUUUGGAGAACUCAUGUUUUAUAAAAGGAAGUGAUGUAGAUCAUGAGCGAUUUGCUGAUCACUCAUUGGUUAAUGUCCAGAAAGUGGGAGGAGAGAAGAGAAAGAACAGGAAGUAAAAUAUGGAAAUUAGUUGACGUUUUAAAAAGUGACAUUUUGUUUUUCCUUAACAAGCAAAAACAAAAUGGACAUUUUUUACUAAUUACUUUGUCAUGAACAAAUGUCCAGAUUUAACAAACACAAUUUUGAUAAAGUAUGUCACAGCAUAAAUUUCAGUCUUUACCUUGAAACGUCUUAGAAGAAAAUCAACUUUCACUGAACUAUAAUGUUGUAAAACGGUUAUAUUUUAUUAGUAAUAAAUGUAUAAGCUGUUAUAAAUGAUUUUCUCAGUAGUAUCAUUUGUGAUGCUUUGAUAUUUUUAGUUAGAUGUUCAUUUUGUUUCUGUAACUGUUUUAUCCAGUUAA